AUGCUCGACAAACUCUACGAUAUUGCUCGUCAACCUUAUCAUCAGGCAACAUGCCCCUUCGGCUUGCUCAUCCGUGAGCUAGUAUUCCCAAAACUACUUAAGCGCACCCAGCGCCAACCUCAACUUCACUCGGCCACCCGCAGACAAGAGCCAAAAAAGAAAAAUUCUUCGCCGCCGUCUCUCUUUCUCGACACCGCUCAUCCGCCAUGCGCUUCGCACCCCUCGCCUUCCUGCUGCUCGGAGCAGCGAUUGCUCUCCAGAUCGCCGACCCCAUCGACGACGGCGACGGCAACCUCGUCCCCUCCAGGACCGAGGAUGAGAACCCCACCAAACGAGAUGUAUGCUGUCCGCACUGGUUCAAACACGGCCGCUGCGAAUGCUGGCGGAGUGACAACCGAUGCUGCACCCCAGGUCCAAACCCGCCAGAACAAGAGGAGCAGGAGUGAGCUUGCGAUUUGGGGGCGUUGGUAUUGCGAGGCCCGCUCGGAGGCGGUUCCAAGCCGUGCUCCUGGAUGGGACAGGACACGGAAGACAGGUUGUAUGGACGUAGGUCGGAGGGGGCGUUGGACUGCCGCCGUUGUCAAACACCCUACCGAGUACUACAGUAGUAUUGCCUGUACCGUUUGCGAGGAAAUCAUGACAAUAAACCUGAUCAGGAGGCGCGUAAAAAAGAGGUAG